UUGGAUUUAUCAAUUUGGUCCGGCCGGGUGCUCAGUUGGCUAAAAUGUGAGGAUCAGAGAUUAAUUCGCGGAGGACGCACGAUAUCAAUAAUUUACCUUUUUUCACGUUAUUUAUUUCUUUAACUCCAGUUGAAUUUAUCAAUUUGGACCAAACACGUCCAUCAUUACCUUUCUUUCCAAAGAAUCAAUCUUCCCGGUUAGGAAAAUACCAUCAUCAAAUCCACCAUGGCCCUCCUAAUCCAUGACCCUACGGCCUACUACUUAUACAGUUGUACCGCGGCUGCCCAUGCCCCAUUCUUAGGCCGAGAAAGCGAACGGUCGAAAUUCCUCAUGAAUCUUCAUCGGGCGGCCCGAACGAGUCCACCGGCACUGCAUGGAAAUUGCGAAGAAAAGACAAAAAAAACAGAACUGCAGGGAAAGAGUGUGGGACCCGCUUCACUAUCACGACCAGACCGUACUCGUAUUCGCCACAGGGAUUAUGACACGCGUCCGUUCGUUGUCUGGACCACGGCCCCCCGCUUCCCAUUCCGUUACCCUUUGCAAUGGCAAUGGCAGUGCGCAUAAUUUGAUCUAUGUGUUGCCCCUCGUUCCGCAAUAUAUACCCGACCGACUCGACGAUGCGUCUUCAGCCGAUUCUUUAAGCUUCGACCAUGGCGACGUCCUUCUUCCUGUGGCCCUCUCCCCAGAGCAAGACAGAAGACGCCGGCGGAGGAGGCGGCGGCGGCGGCACAGCCAAUGGCUACGCCGUGGCCGCUACGGUGGCGAAGGCGAAGAUUCGAAAAGGCGGAGGGACUAAGGCGGCCGGGCCAAAGCGCCCACCGCAGCGCGGCCUCGGCGUUGCCCAGCUAGAGCAGAUCCGCCUCCAGGAGCUCGGCUCCUCCCACAACGACCUUCCGCCCCUCAACUUCCUACAGCUCAGCCCCGUCGCCGCCGGCCCCUCAGCCAUCUACGGCAGGCCCGUCUCCUAUACCAUAGGCCAUCAAAUGCACUGUUACCCCUAUCCCUUACGCCCUACGGCACCGCCGUCUGUGACGACCUUCGAUGGAGACUCUGCUGGCUCCGCCGCUCGAUCUGUGCUCGGGGAUCCGUUAGCGCUGGAUGGCCACCAAAGAGCGGUGGCGGACGAUAGAUUCCGGAUCGGAGGUCAAUUUCUAGAGCCCCCUUCAAGCCAAAUUACCCAUUGCCUCUCCGGUCAGUGCGAGUUCUGUGCCAGAAAGAAACGUCUCUUCGGCAACAAUCAAUCUUCUAACCUGUCCAACGGUGCUGAUUACUUCGAGAUGAAUCUCGCCGCCGCCAUGGCUGUCAAUCUGAAGCCAUCAGAGAAGAAGGAGAGGGUGGUAAUCAAGGAGUUUGACUUCUUCCCGUCGUCGAGCGGCCUGAGCGAAUCCAUCAAUGGCGCUUCAUCUGAGUUUGCUGACCCAACGGCGCCUGGUGAUUCAUCUUCUUCCUUCUCAGCUGCUACUCCCCUCGAUCUCUCGCUAAAGCUAUCCUUGUAAUUAAUUAUCUCCUCAUCACUAGUAUGUUCAUCGACGAUCGAUAUUAGUUACGUAUCUCCAAUCUACUUCUCCAUCAGCUUAAUCUUCAGUUUCGAACUUAAAUUUUGAUCUGCUGUUUGCUCAAUUUGCAAAAAUGAUUAUGAAUUGGGCAAAUAUGCUCCAUCAGUAUCAAAUUUUUAAAGAUUUAUUUGGUGUGAGCUUGUUGCUUCAAAAUCAAAGAUAGAAAAAGAAAAAUCAAAGAGGUUGUUGUUUUUGUUUGAUAGAAAAUUUUAGUUCAUUAUCUUGGAGCUCAGAAAAAGGAAAGAGAUCUCGUGGAGCUCAGAAAAAGGAGCAGUGAAGCUGCCCAGAUCUUAACAUCUUUUAUUUGGCGCAUUUUAGUACCAUCUUUUAUUUGGAGCAUUUUAGUAACGUAUGUAGUUGGAACUGGAUAAGCAUUGAAUACAUGCUUCCCAAACUGGGAAUGUAUUUGAUUACAAAUUCAAAUAAAUAUUCAAGG